UUCGCCUUUUUAGUUAUUUAAGCCUUUUGCGUUCAACUAAACACUUCAAUGCCAUCAGAUUAUAUGAGCAACAACAAUACAUAUUCUAAAAUAAUAUUAUCAGACAAUGAUAGCGCUGACGGUAAUGAUUUACGGCUUCCUCCACCUCGCUUUGACAGCUUUAAACGGCCUUUAACUCCAAAACAUACAUAUUACGACGCGCGUAUACUUGAAUACUGUGAUGAAAAAGCUUUUAACGAUAAUAAGAAUAGUAAAAUGAACAAUCCAUAUCUUCAGUAUUUUAAACGGCCCAGUCAACUCCUUAACCAACAUGAACCAUUCAUAAGCGAAAAAUAUCUUUACAAUGAUGAAGAUGUUGAUAGUGAGUUCAGCAAACAAAACAACAGAUUAUGUCCAUGCAGCAUCGUCUCCUAUAUAUCCCUUAUCACCGGUAUUGUACUUAUUCUACUCUCUCUCAUCUUCGAAUUUCAAUCACGCUAUCAUAUUGCAAAAGCCAACGAUUUUGAUCAUUGUCCUACUGCACCAUGUAUUGAAGGUUGCUAUAAACAUUUACCCUUUUACUACCCUCCCUCAACUACAACACUACCGCCCCCUCCAAUCAGUAACAAUAAUACUAUUGAACUGGUAUCCUCCUCAAUUGAUAGCCAUAAUUUAUGCACGGUCGAAGUCAAACAAUAUUGCGACGGAAUUUGUGGAGAUCUGGGAAUUAACGCUGCUAAAAUUUAUGGAAUUUUAUUCAUGGUGUUCAUAACUGUGGGCGGAUUCUUUGUUAUCCUUCAAAUAUCAUUGAGUUUUGUUAGAUAUUAUUGUCUAGGGUAUCGUCAAGUGACAGCAACAGAAGAGACAAAGCUGUAAUAAUAAAAAACCCCGUGCCCUUCUCGUAUCUUUCAAUGCUUUAGAAUAGCACCAUUAUGAG